AUGAGCUUCCUGGGUCUCCGCAAGUGGCCGACUCCUGCAUGUUUGCCCCCCAUGUGGCCCUUCGUCGCCGCUGGCGCACUCACUUUCUUCCUCGUCUCGAAGGCGCAGGACAUGGGUGUCAAGUCCGAGACGUGGCGCAACGACCCGCGCAACCCAUAUGCUGCGCAAAUCGCAAAGGAGGCUCAUCAUUAG